AUGGCAUUGGAAAAGCUUACUUAUUCCCCCUUCUUUUACUCUAUUUAUGUCAUGUUUGUGUUGAACUUCUCAAUCGUGUCUGAUACCAUAAGUUCAAGUCAGUCCAUUAAAGAUGGAGAGAAAUUGGUCUCUUCAGGCCAAAGCUUUGAGCUUGGCUUCUUCUCUCGAGAAAACUCCAAGUAUAGGUACUUGGGGAUAUGGUACAAAAUUAGCCCUGAAAAAGUCGUUUGGGUCGCCAACGGAAACAACCCGCUCACUGAUUCAGAUGGUGUUCUCACAUUUAGCCAGGAAAGGAAUCUAGUUGUUGUCAACCGAUCGAAGAGUGUCAUGUGGUCUUCGAAUUCCUCCAGGGUUUUACGAAACCCAGUUGCACAGCUGUUGGAUUCGGGUAAACUUGUCGUUUCAGAGAAUAACAGUUCACGUUCUGGUGAAUACUCAUGGCAGAGCUUUGACUAUCCAACUGACACCCUUUUAGCUGGUAUGCGAAUAGGAUGGAGCCUCAAAACCGGUUUGGAAUGGCAUCUGACUUCUUGGAAAAGCACGAUUGAUCCUUCCUCUGGAGACUAUACCUACGGAAUAAAAGUUAAUGAGUUGCCCCAGUUUGAAGUGCUCAAAAGAGGCUCCACAAAAACAUUUCGAACAGGGCCAUGGAAUGGAUUCUAUUUCACGGGAUCUCCAGUGACUGAGAAUUCCAUCCACAGCCCUGUCAAUAAGAAAAUACUGUUGACUAUCACAGUGGCUUCAGUCAUUUGUGGAUUGUUAAUAGCAGGUAUAGCAUUGAGUGUUAUGAGGAAGAGCAGAAUCAGAAGAAGAGGGUUGCAAAGUCAGAAGGAAGACAUUGAUUUACCAUUAUUUGAUUUUUCUACAAUUGCCGAUGCUACUGGACAUUUCUCACAGACCAACAUGAUUGGAGCUGGUGGCUUUGGUUCAGUGUACAAGGGAAAUCUCUCCACGGGUCAAGAAAUAGCAGUGAAGAGGCUGUCCAGAAGUUCAAGACAAGGUCUCGAAGAGUUCAUGAAUGAAGUUCUCCUAAUUGCCAGACUUCAGCAUAGGAAUCUUGUCGGACUUCUUGGCUAUUGCAUCGAGGGAGAAGAAAGAAUGUUAAUAUAUGAGUAUAUGCCAAAUAAAAGCUUGGCUUAUUUCAUCUUCGAUUAUUGA